AUGGCAGUAGUAAAAGAAAAAGCUCCAGCUAAAUUAAGUCCUAUUGAAAGCUUUGCUCUCAGUGCUGUUGCUGCUGUUGUUGCAAACACAGCAGCUGCACCUAUUGAACGUGUACAAUUACUUCUUCAAUGCCAAGGUGAAAUGCUUAAACAAGGUACAAUCAGCCGACCCUACACUGGCAUGAUUGAUUGUAUCAGACAAACCUUCAGAAGUGAAGGUCUUAUUUCAUUUUGGCGAGGUAAUUUAGCCACUUGUAUUCGAUACUUUCCCACCCAGGCUAUGAAUUUUGCCUUCAAAGAUCACAUCAAAACAAUGUUUAAACAAAAUAAAGACGAUCCAUAUAUGGUUAAUUUUGCCAAAAAUGUAGCAAGUGGUGGUGUAGCUGGUACUUUAUCAUUAAGUUUUGUGUAUUCACUUGAUUAUGCCCGCACACGUUUAGCUAAUGAUGUUAAAAGUAUAAAGAACGGAGGUGAUGGACGUAAAUACAAUGGUCUUGUUGAUGUCUACAGAAAAACUUUUGCUUCCGAUGGUAUUGUCGGUCUUUACCGUGGUUUUGUUAUUUCAUGUGUUGGUAUCUUUGUCUAUCGUGGUUGUUACUUCGGACUUUAUGACACAUUGAGACCAAUGGUAGUUAGACGUGAUCCCGAUUUAACGCAUUUAGCUAUACUUGGUUAUAGUGUCACAUUUACAUCAGGUCUUAUUUCUUAUCCAAUUAAUACUAUUCGACGACGUAUGAUGAUGACAUCAGGUGAAGCAGUUAAAUAUAAAGGUGCAAUGGAUUGCAUGUUCCAAAUCAUACGAAACGAAGGACCAACAGGCUUAUUUAAAGGAUUUCAGGUCAUUGUUCUCAGAGCUGUCACUGGUGCUGUUCUUUUACCUGCUUUCGAUAAACUAGUCCAACUUUAUAUUGGCAUCACCGUUGAUACUAAAACAAGUGGUUAA